CAGCAAAGCAGCGCUUUCUUCUGUUCAAGUUUUCUUGUUUGUUUCUCUCUCUCUCUUUCUCUUUCUCUCUCUCUCCGUGUGUGUGUGAAAGCCCGUGUCUUGAUUUGAGCAAAGCAUCAUCACUCGCCCUGGAUGAGAGAGAGAACGUGAUAAAAUCUACCUUUGCCGAGAGCAGAGGUGGAGAUAGGGAUAGGGAGAGAUCGAGCUCUGGCGUCCUAGAAAUUUGCAUUGUGAUAAGGACCUGGCUUUAGCUGCAGGGUGGCUGUCGUUUCAACAGCAGGCUCCUUCUGCGCUCCCCUUAGCAGUAACCUUUAAGAUUUGAAGCUUGGUUUAAAAAAUUCUUCAUGUUUUUGGCCUAGUGUGCCUUGAAGUGUUAUUGGAGCUAAAAAGAAAGUCUCUAGUGUUUUAUCGGAGGAAGAAAGGGAGUGAUACUACUUUCUUGAGUGCCCUCAAUUGUACAUUACCAAAGUAGAUGCAUGGAUCGGAGAGAUGCAAUGCCAGCCUCUUAUUACACCCAAGGAGGUGCAUCUGGAACGGGUUCUGGAGUACAAUCAUUAUUCCAUGGUUCGCAUGGAAUUCACCCGUUAACAAGUGCAAGUAUGCCUUUUCCAAGCAAUUUUGGAGGCGGUUCUCUGGGAUCGCCAUUGUCAGCGGAGACUUCGUCGAUAAUACCGACUCAUGAAGUUAGUGCUGGGGCGCAGGCCGUUGUGGCAGCUCCACCAGGUGAGCCGGUGAAAAGGAAGCGUGGCCGGCCAAGGAAGUAUGGUCCUGAAGGGACUGUGUCUUUGGCAUUAUCAUCCUCGUCGGUCUCUCCUCCAGGACCAACAUCCACGCUGCCGAGGCGUGGCAGAGGGCGGCCUCCGGGUUCUGGCAGGAAGCAACAGUUAGCUUCCGCAGGUGAUCUAUUGUCUGGUUCAGCUGGAAUGGGUUUUACUCCCCAUAUAAUCAAUGUCGCAGUGGGAGAAGACGUUGCUGCCAAAAUAACAUCUUUUUCACAGCAAGGGUCAAAAGCUGUAUGUGUCUUGUCUGCCAAUGGUGCUGUAAAUACCGUCACUCUACGUCAGCCUUCUAGUUCUGGUGGCACCAUCACAUAUGAGGGGCGCUUAGAAAUUUUGUGUCUUUCUGGCUCUUUCUUGCUUACAGAGGAUAGCGGUUCUCGAAAUAGAAUGGGUGGUCUUAGCAUCUCUCUUGCCAGUCCGGAUGGUCGUGUCAUUGGUGGAGGAGUUGGGGGAAUGCUCAUAGCUGCAAGUCCUGUUCAGGUAAUAGUGGGGAGCUUUUCAUGGGGAAGUUCGAAAACCAAGCACCGGAAAGGGGAAGGUUCAAAAGCUCGCACCAUGCAUACAACAUCAGCUCCCCCACCGACUCAAAACCUUACUCCAGUUUCUAUGGGCGUUUGGCCUGAUUCCCAGCCACUGGGCAUCCAUGAUCAUGUGGACAUUGAUCUGAUGCGGGGAUGACAGUUUUAAGUGGCAUAGGCACAUUGAUCGAGAUCGUGUAUAUAUCUUGCUCUUCUGGUGUCGCAAAGAUUUGACCUCUUCGAGUAUGAUGGUAUAGCAGCUGACCUAGUCUUCUUGCCUGUGUUAGCGAUACAUUGAUUUUAUGAAUCGGUAAGAUACCGAUACUUUUUUGUAGCCUUGAAAAUUUUUCCGUAUUUUUCCAGUUUUCUUUUUCUGGCUGCUGUUUAAUUUACAAUCUAUGAUUGGAUCCAAAGAAAGUUUGUGCUUCUGUGUUUUACAUAGCCAGAUCCUAUGAAUGACCAAUGCUUGUUGCCUAA